AUGAAUAGAGCAAGAUGGGAAGAUUAUCGUAUCCCUCUCGAUCUUAUCGUGGAGAUACUCAAGAAACUACCGGCAAAGUCACUUGUGAGGUUCAAAAGCGUCUCCAAGGAAUGGUCCACAAUUAUCAGCAGCCGUAGAGACUUCAUCGAGUCUAUCGUGACUCGAUCUUUAGCUCACCCGCCCCAUAAGGUUCCCCUUUUCAUCCUCUACCAUUGUGUGCCUGAAGCUUUCUUCACUGUCUCGUCCAGUUUUUCUCAGAGCACCAAACAUGCAGUGUCACUCCGUAGAUCAGAUUCAAUCGACCCUUCAUACGAUUGCUAUUCCCGUUCGUUCGAGUAUAUCUACGCUCGAGGCUUGAUAUGUUGUUAUUCGUUAGUAUGUCACUUGGUUACUAUAUACAACCCUACCACGAGGCAGUCCGUUCAUUUACCCGUGAUGGAACCCCCAGUGCCACGGUUCCGAGAACAACGCACUCACUGCUACUUUGGAUAUGACCCUGUCAUGAAUCAAUACAAAGUCUUGUACUUUAUUGCUUACUACACAGCGAAUAAGCAAUCUAUUUAUGUUUUCACAUUAGGAGGAAGUCAAUCUUGGAGGAAACUCCAAGGCUUUGCCGAGAAACUCCUUCCAGAGGGCGUCGGGUUAUGCGUUGACGGGAUCAUCUAUUAUGUGGCUACGUUAAGAGUAGAAGAAAAGGGCAAGAAGCGUUGUGAAACUGUAUUGCUGAGUUUCGACAUUAGGUCGGAAAGAUUUGAUCAUGUCUGUGCUCCAGAGUCAAUGUUAAGAGUAGUAUUGUCAAUUGGUAUUGCGGUAAACCACCUAGGGAAGUUAGGAUUCAUAGGUCGCAACAGAAUCGGGACAAGUUUGUGGGUUUUGGAGAAUGCCGAGAAACAAGAAUGUUCCAAGAUUACUUUAGGCUUGCUUGAUGCCGACCCACUUGAAAUGUUACAAAAUGGUCAAAGUGGCUUCUCAGGUGUCACACCUGCUGGUGAGAUCUUUGUGACUGAUGAAUGGAGGUUUUACUCUCAGAAACUAAAGCCAGCCUAUGUUUACUAUUAUGACAUGAAGCAAAACAGCUUUAGAAGACUUGAAAUCCAAGGUACUAGUCCCGAGGACAUCAAAAAUCCUGAAGAUGAUCUUGUUUGCGUAUUUCCGAUUCAUGCUCAUGUCGAGAAUACAAUGUGCUUGUAG